AUGGCCAAGAGUCUGAUGAUGGAUGACCAAGGCCCUGUGGAGGCUCAGGAUGCAGAGGAUGGUCCAGGGCUUGGGAUUGUCACAGCGGAGCUGGGAAACCAACUAUGGAAGCCCGAAGUGGAGCAGCAACCCAUCUCUCAGGUGGGGCGCUGGUGCUCGGUGCGACGCAGCUGUGCAGUGAUGGGAAUUCUGGGGUUGCUGGCUGGUGUGGGCAUCGGCUCAUGGCUUCUAGUCCUGUAUCUAUGGCCAGCUCCCUCUCAGCCUGCUUCUGGGACCUUGCAGGGUGAGGAGAUAGCUUUGAACUGCUCAGGACACAGCAGUGAGGAAGCUCUGCUACCCUCACCUCCAAAAACAGUAUCUUUCAGAAUAAACACCGAGGACUUCUUGUUGGAAGCACAGGUGAAGGCCCGACCAGACUGGCUCCUGGUAUGCCAUGAAGGCUGGAGCUCGGUCCUGGGGAGGAGGGUCUGCCAGAGCCUUGGGCAUCUCAGACUCAUGCAUCACAAGGGUGUGAACCUGUCUGACAUCAAGCUCAACAGCUCCCAGGAGUUUGCUCAGCUCUCUCCUAGACUGGAGGGCCUCCUGGAGGAUGGGUGGCAACCCAGGGCCAACUGUACCUCUGGCCGAAUAGUCUCCCUCAAAUGCUCUGAGUGUGGGGCAAGGCCCCUGGCUUCCAGGAUUGUUGGCGGGCAGGCUGUGGCUCCAGGGCGCUGGCCAUGGCAGGUCAGCGUGGCUUUGGGGUCCCGGCACACGUGUGGGGGCUCCUUGUUGGCGCCACACUGGGUGGUGACUGCUGCGCAUUGCAUCCACAGUUUCAGGCUGUCCCGCCUGUCCAGCUGGCGAGUUCAUGCUGGGCUGGUCAGCCACAGCUCUGUCCGGCCACACCAGGGGACUGUUGUGGAGAGGAUCAUCCCCCACCCACUCUAUAGCUCCCAGAACCAUGACUACGACGUUGCCCUCUUGCGUCUCCGGACCCCGCUCAACUUCUCUGAUACCGUGGGUGCCGUGUGCUUGCCAGCCAAGGAGCAGCAUUUCCCAAGGGACUCAGACUGCUGGGUGUCUGGCUGGGGCCACACCGACCCCACUCAUACACACAACUCCGACAUGCUCCAGGACACGGUGGUACCUCUGCUCAGCACUCAGCUCUGCAACAGCUCUUGCAUGUACAGUGGGGCCCUCACUCCCCGAAUGCUGUGUGCUGGCUACCUGGAUGGGAGGGCAGAUGCAUGCCAGGGAGACAGCGGGGGGCCUCUGGUGUGUCAAGAUGGGGGCACAUGGCGCCUGGUAGGGGUGGUCAGUUGGGGCCGAGGCUGCGCAGAGCCCAACCAUCCAGGAGUCUACGCCAAGGUAGCCGCCUUCUUGGACUGGAUCCAUGACACAGCUCAGGUGAGUUUAGAGGCAGGGAUAGGGCCAUGGGGAUGUCUGGAGAAGGCUCCUCCGAAUAGACCCUGCACACAUCUGGAAGAAUUCUCAGGGAGGCCCUCAAGUCCUGCCUUCUCCCUGUGUACUCAGGAGGCCCAAGUGCCUCCCUAG